UCAUUCGUGGUUCAAAUCAAAAUAUUUCCUCUUUUAUUCAUAAAAUAGAUCCUGUUUUCCUUAAAUCGUAUUUUUUCGAGCGUACUAAAUUAAAAUGACACACUUAGAUAACCUUUUCUAUCAAAUAAAUAAAUGUUUAAAUAUUUCCUCUUUAAUUCAUAAAAUAGAUCGUGUUUUCCUUAAAUCGUAUUUUUACGAGCGUACUAAAUUAAAAUUACAUACUUGGUUAACCUUUUCUAUAAAAUAAAUAAAUGUUUAAAUUGAAAAUUUUCAGCAGUUAUGCCGGAAAUUCUGUGAUAGACUGAUAUAACCUUUACAUCUGAGAAACCUAUCUUCAACUAAAUAGAAACAAGUUCAUAAGCUGCAUUAUUUAUCUGGGUGAAUUCACCUCGAUCUGUUUCAGUGAUCAGGUGCAUUUAAUCCGUAUUUAUUUGGGAUUGAGUCACCACUGCGAACGUCAGUGUCAAGAGCGGCCAAUAAAGUCUUGCCAAUCAAUAUGCGAGUCUUCUCGCUCCGGCUCUCCAUUCUCCGAAGCGUGGGAUCUGAUUUUCGAGUCCGACUCUCGGCGACGGCGACGGCGACGAUGACGACCAGAUGACCAUAUGAGUGGCUGGAGGCAAGUCUUCUCAGUCAUUCGUCGAUGUCCGCGCGUUAGGUUCGCUCUAAGCUUGUACUGGGAGCGGUUGUCCACCGUAUCUCUCAUCUUCGACGACCAUCCAGGGACUUGGUUUUGAAACGAAAACAAAAAAAUAGAAUCGCCUUGAUUAUAUAAACAUAAAACCAAUAAUUGAGCACAUAUCUCUCUGGCUGGAGCGGUAUCUGUGUUCGUGUAUCUUUAUCUGUGUCUGUGGAAGUCCCAGUGCAUUCCGGUUUUUCGAAUCGGAUCCAAAACAACAACUAUAUUAUAUACGUCGCUACGUCAGAGUCAUUUAAAUUCGUACUGAAAUACCGACUUGGGGGAAAAAAAUGCCCAAAAUCCAUCAAUAAGAAAUAUAAAUAAAAACCACAAAUAAUUGAUGAGAUACACCCUAUUACCAGUGUAUGUGUGAUAUUUGUUUCGGUGCUAACUUCCUAAUAAAAAAUAAAAUAAAUACUCUGAGCCGCCCUCCAAAGUCUGAUAACCGAGACUUAAACUUACUUUCGCUACCAGCCUCAGAAUGCUUCAAAUAACAGAACGCACUUUUUUGUGGAUCCCAUUAGUUCUAAUUGUGGCGGUGUUAUGCUCUGCCCAGCAGCAAUAUCCCCAACUAUCGGUGGGUAAUCCUCUGGAGGCUCUCACCGCCCCCACCGCCUUCCAACAAGGACCCACCCACGUCCAGUCCAUGAGGAGCAACUUCGAUGAAGAUCUUCUGCGAACCAUUUCGCAGGGAGUGCAGGAGUUCGCUCUCGAUAUCCUGCAACGCAUAUCCUUUGAGGUGCAAAAGUCCAACAAGGACUUUAUGAUUUCGCCCUUCUCGAUCUGGUCGCUCAUGGUCCUGCUCUAUGAGGGUGCCGGCGGAGAGACCUAUAACCAGCUACGUCGUGCCCUCCGCAUCAACGUCGAAGAUGAGAAGCUGCGCGGAAUCUACCAGAUAUGGAGCUCUUUCCUCAACACAAAUACCCACACCGUUGAGGUUGCCUCCCUACAGGCUGUCUACACGGAUACCAGUUACCCAUUGAAGAGCAGCUAUCGCACUGUUAUCCAGAACUACAAUGUGCAGCCAGUGGAGGUGGACUUCUACAACAAGGACACAGUGCAUCUGAUCAACGAGGCCACCAACCGCACCACCAGAGGACUCAUCCCCUACACCGUGCUGCCGCAGGAUAUUUAUGGAGCCAAGAUGUUCCUACUCUCCUCCCUCUUCUUCAAGGGCCAGUGGAAGUUCCCUUUCAACGAAACCCUGACCAGAAUGGAGAACUUCUACAACGAAAACGACGAGGUGGUCGGCCAAGUGCAGAUGAUGGUUCAGGAGGCGAACUUUGCCUAUGCCUCCAACAUCGAGGGUCUGGACGGCUAUGUCCUGGAGCUGCCCUACGGCACUCAGGAUAGGCUGGCCAUGAUCGUAGUGCUGCCCAAGCGCGGCUUCAAGCUCAACGACGUGGCCAAUAACCUGAAGACGAUAGGCUUGUCGCCGAUCCUGCAGCGUCUGGCUGCCUUCAGGGCACGGGCUUCCGAGGACAAUGAGGUGGAGGUCAUGAUGCCCAAGUUUGUGACGACGACGGACUUUACGCUCAAGGGAAUCCUGGGACAGAUGGGCAUCGUGGAUCUGUUCGAUGAGAAUACCGCCGACCUGAGCCGCAUGUCCAGCGGAUUGUUUGCCAAGAUCUGCAUCCACUCCACCAAGAUCAUUGUCGACGAGCAGGGAACCACGGCCGGUGCUGUGACAGCAGCGGCUCUUAUCAACAAGGCAACGCCUCCCAAAUUCCUGCUGAACAAGCCCUUCCAGUACAUGAUCGUAGAGAAGUCCACCAAUCUGCUUCUCUUUGCCGGCCAAGUGCGAAACCCACAUGCCACUUAGGAUCUAAGUUGGACUUUAUUAACGCGACACAAUAACUACCUUACGAUAGGUUAAA